AGCAAUACCUCUGCAUGGUAGAGCGAUUUUGCUGCAGAGAUGGCGCUAGUAAGCGUCUGUACCGAGGCGAUUUUACAAGGGGCCAGCCUUUUGGCGCUCCUGACUCUCUUCAUUACUGGAAACAUUCUUAAACUCCUACCUUACAAGCAGUAUUUUAUACCGAAGCUGUUUAAGUUAGCAUCUGGAGUAGAGUUGCCUUUAGAGAUGUAUCUCAGCUCAUUUGCUGGAUUCGAAAUGAUGAAAGCGUUGUGGAGAAUGUGCCAUCUUAACAUCAAAGCCAAACUUAAAGAAGGAGAGUCCUUUCCAGACGCGCAGCUCGUAGACACAGCAAAUCUUCAAAGGUAAAUUAUAUUAUACUAUAUUAUAAUCAAUGGUAAGAAUCCAAGAGGGUACAAGGUAGACUCAACUCUGUAUAUUUAGCGAACCGGGGUAUAAUGCUAUACCCAUUUACCUAUUGAGUUCUGUUGGGGGAGACUGCACUGAAACUGAUUCAGUCAUGAAUCCAUGAGCGCGCUUUUAUCCAAGUGAUUAAUUUACCCAGCGCUGUAGUGUAAACAUAAGUUUGAUUUUGAACCUAUCGUUUUUCAGGCUAAUCUACCAUACAACUUUAAAUGCGAGAGAUUCAGUGGAUAGUACCUUUAGAACUAAACCUGCCGCGCGCACUGCCAGUUACAUUUUCUGAUGUAAUUACAGAAUAAAGUAUUUUUUGCAAUGAGUAUAUGUUAUUUAUGAAACUUUGCAGGCCGGUAAUGAUUUCCUAGAGAAAAUGCAAUAAAAUAGUUGUUCGGAAGUUUUGUGAAAGCCGCAAGCGUGAGAAAACCCAACGGCAACACAAUAAGGCGAAUUGAACCUGCAUAUAUUUGGUGAAUCAGUAUACUGACCAAUUGAGUCAACCUCGCAAGCCAGGGUACUUUCGCCGUAUAGUCAACAGAGAACUCGACCCUGGCUUGCGAGGUUGCAAUUGAGUCCGCUAUGCCUAAAGUCCCGGUGAAACGAGAAUUGAUCAAUGUUGGCAAUCACGAAUUGUUGCGAUGGAUAUUUAAGCUCUAGGUUAACAAAAUAAAUGGUUGAUGAGUGUUCCAACUAUGUUUUAACUUAAAUAAAUUCAUGACAUGAUGGUGUUGGCAAAGCGUCCACACCAGCUAACCAAGAUCGCGUGACUGCCGCCAACUCUUAGUUAUGUACUGUACGUGGAUCGCACCUUGUCAGCACAACUUUCAAUCCAAACAAAGCAUAUAGAACAUUCUCGUAAAUUACUAAUGCAUGUAAACAUACGUACUAAAGUAAACAUUUCAAGGAUGACACACUACACUUUGAACUCUAACCACACAUUUAUAAAAACUAACAAGCGAAUUCGAAGCUGCAUAGUCAGUUUGCGAACCGGGCUGAUAUCAAGCCAAUUACGGCCGUUGAACUUAUGACCUGGUUCAGGCGUACUAUACAUCCUGAAGCAAAAGCCUGCUUUACAUAGGUUAAUAGAGAUGUAUAUAUCCUUUGUAACAAACGUUUAUCUUAUAUUCUCUAAGGGUGAACGUCAGUGACUUGGUACAACAUGGAAGACCUUUGGUGUUGAACUUUGGAAGUUCCAGCUGACCCCCAUUUCAGGUGGAUUUGCAAAAGUUUUCGGAAAUUUCUCAAAGGUUUUCAAACGUUGCAGAUUUCGCCAUUAUUUAUAUCGAAGAAGCACAUGCAGCAGACGAGUGGGCAUUUAAG